UGUGGUGUUGCACAGCCUUUCUAACUUGACAGUGGUGGUGUUUCUGCGGGUGCUGGUGUGGUGGAUAGCAGACGGAUAGAAAUCUAUAAAGAUGGCCUCAGCAACAGCGACGUACGGGCAGAAGGAGUCUUCGGACCAAAACUUUGACUAUAUGUUCAAGAUCCUCAUCAUUGGCAACAGCAGUGUGGGCAAAACCUCCUUCUUGUUCCGCUACGCCGACGACUCCUUCACACCGGCCUUUGUCAGUACGGUGGGCAUCGACUUCAAGGUGAAAACCAUCUACAGGAAUGACAAGAGGAUCAAAUUACAGAUCUGGGACACGGCGGGUCAGGAGCGUUACCGCACCAUCACCACUGCCUACUAUCGAGGAGCCAUGGGCUUCAUCCUCAUGUAUGACAUCACUAACGAGGAGUCCUUUAACGCCGUCCAGGACUGGUCGACUCAGAUUAAGACGUACUCGUGGGACAAUGCCCAGGUGCUGCUGGUAGGGAACAAGUGCGACAUGGAGGACGAGCGAGUGGUGGGCGGAGAUAGAGGUCGACAGCUGUCUGAUCACCUCGGUUUUGAGUUCUUCGAGGCCAGCGCCAAGGACAACAUCAAUGUGAAGCAGACCUUUGAGCGCCUGGUCGACAUCAUCUGUGAAAAGAUGUCCGAGAGCCUGGAUGCCGGAGAUCCCGCCGUCACAGGGGCCAAACAGGGACCCCAGCUGACAGAGCAGCCUGCUCCUCCUCACCAGGACUGUGCAUGUUAAAGCUGACUACUUCCCCUAAACCCUUUUCCUCCCACUUUCCUCCUUGUCCUCCUUCAGCUGGACCCUGGGACCUCGGGUCAAAUACUCCCAACACCCCUUUCACUCACUUUCCUGCUUCUUUCUGUAACCUAGUAAGGAUCAUUGGCUGAGGGGCACAAGAACCUGGUUAAAAAGUGUCUGAAAUGCUCUGAGCUGCUGGUGGACCAUUGCUAGAGGCAUGGUUGCUCCUCUUAAAAGAGCUAAAAGGUGAUUGUUUGAUCAGGGCGGGUGUUUAUCUGAUGCCAAAGAAAGUUCAAUCAAAAUACAGUGUUUCAGACUCUUUGCAAACCAGGUUCUUGAAGGUUCCCGAUCCAUCUUUCGUUGUCUCCCUGUUCCUCAGUGUGGUUUUACAAGAAGGAUUUGACGGCGUCCGUCCUCAGAGUGCCAUUUAAAUCCUUCCAAUGUUUACAGUACUUUGUUUCACGUUAGUCAAAUUUCUUGAAAGGUUUUCAGCCUUGGAUGCAGUGACCGAGAAAGCCACGGUGGAGUUGAUGUGGGAGGGAUGAUGCGGCUGAAAUUUGCUCCAUACUGAUGUGUUCAUUUCUUUUAAGAUUCUAGAUGCACACAGAAUCAAACAUACAUGUAUCGGUAUCUGUUUCAUUUGUUGGGUCACCUGGUAUCUACACAUGAAAAUUGCAGGUAUACUGUAAGUGUUUUGUUUUCAUCAGUCAUCUGAGCCUUUUCAUUUGGCCUUUUUUAUGUUUUUGUAUUCUGGAGCCCCAUUUAUUCUGUCGACACUGGGUGGGGAAAAAUAUGAACAAGAAAGAGCUACGUAAAAAAAUUGCAAAAAGAUUUAGAGACACAUUUUAUUUAAUUAUUUAUUACUUUUAAUGUACAUAUACAUGUUGUGUAAUAUAUAUAAUAUCUACAGGUAUGCAUUUCUUAAAAUGCAUUUCUUGAAAGGAAUUUAAAAGGUUUAAAGUUCUAUGAGGAUAGUAUUAAAUAUAAGAGGUCUAUGUUGUUGGUUUGUUUGGAUGAUGUGUGGAAUUGUUUGCACCCUCGGCAGCUCUUCAGUGAGUCGUUUUAUUUCCCUCUCGGUUUUGUCUCAUGCUGCCUUCCAGGGACGUCAGAAAUUCAAACUUCCAGCUUAGAAAAAUACAGUGGAAUGACCCUUUGAGUCUGAAUUACCAAUCAGAAAAUCACUAAAAUGUUGGUCAUUCGCCAAACCACUCAGUGUGAUUUCCAGCACUACUGCUAAUAAAGGGAAGCAUUUUAAAAUGUCUCUUAUAUAAGAAGAAGGCGCUUGCUGUAUAAAAUUUGUGCUGCAUCAUAAAUCCUUUAUGCCAGACAGCAACUGCAGUACAGCUGACAUCAAGUAACAUUUAAAAUAAAGAUUUGAGCUUUCAGAAAGCUCAAAUCUUUAUUUUAUUUUACUCCUUGAUGAGUAAUAACAUUGAUGCUUUUUGUCCCAACAGCCUCAACAUGUUAUUGUUCCUGCUGUCGCUAACAGAAAACAUAAAGAUAUAAGAAUAUCUGAAAUAGCAUUUUGUGUAACACAGUUGGGCAGUUGUGCUUGCUUACAAUGCUACACGUUGAUAUUCCAGUAUUUAAUAUCAGGCAGAGAAAAUCCUGCUGGGGAUGCAAAGGAUUGAGGUUGAAAUGACGUGAUUAUCACAGCAGACCAUUUAUGACUCAGACUCAAAUUCAACAAACUUAGUUUUCAUCUUCCUGAGAGCUGUUUGGAUAUUCCCAGCUACUUUAUCAAAUAUCAAAAUUUCCUGUAACAAUAAUCAUUCAAACAUUUCAUCAUUCUUUAAAAUAUGAUGGAAUGGCUUUGGAGGAUGCAAACAGUGUUGUUUUGUUAGAUACUUUUAUGGUAUUCUGCCUUUAUCUAAUAGUUUGGAGUGAAAGGAAACAUCAGGAGAGAAUAGGAUGACAUGUGUGACAUACAGCCAACACUUAGGAAUUUAAUGUUUCCCUCGCUUUGUGACAAACAGCCCGACAGUAAGCAACUUCUUCAGAAUCAGUAUUACAUUCUGUUUGUGCAGUGCUAUCUCCAAUGUUCAGUCUUCAGGAGAAGUACAAACGGCACUGUUUAACAAGCAUCAAACAGCUGGAGGCUGAUAUGUUCACAGACCAGGCAGCUGUUGCGUUUCUACCACUAGUUUCAAAUCAGUGCAGGAAUUAAAUAUUUUGUUCUGAGGUUUUCUUGGCUCCAACCACUACACAUUUCUGCUAACAGCUGUUUUUACAGUAAGUCCACAUGGCAUCACUCCUUCUGGGUGUCCAUUACUACACCAAACACUCAGAAGAUGUUUGGACCCUUGUCUGAAUAGAGUUUCCACAGUUAAAACUGGUUUGCCGGGUAUUUGCUCUUUUCACUUCACCAGAGAUUGCUGUAGAAGCAGCUCACUGUUUUUGCUGUAGGACGCCAUAAUGAGCAGUGUGACCAAAUUUAAAACUGUAAUAAAACAAAUCCUGCUUGGAGGACUGAAGUGAACUCGGGUAAUUUAGAAAUCCUUCUUAUUGUAAUGUCAUUGAAAUGCCAGGCUUGCUGGUGGGCAAUGCAUACCUUUUGAAUGCUGUUUUUUCCAGUAAAAACAGAGUUAAAGAGGAUGGAUUGAGGGGGAAAAGCACUACACAAGUCAUUGUCAACAUCAUCAACUUCAUAAACAAAGUGACUCUGACUAUGUGACUGAAGCAAAUAUAAUUCAGAAAAGCAUUUAUUUUGAGAGUAAUUGUUGCAUCAAUUAACUGUCAAGUGUAGCAUACCAACCUGAAAUCACAGAUGUGUCACUGACUUUUAAAGUCUGAGGCCCCAGUUAGAGUGCCCCACCAAAGUAUUAAUUAUUAUAAAGGAGUGAUGAUCACGACAAACCUGGGAGACGAUUUUGAUCCUGCAUACAUUUUACUUCUUACUGGUUGUGACUGUUUCUUUUCCGGUAAAAUACAAACUUUUCAACUGUUCUCCUUUCUAAAGCGUCUUCCUCUCUAUAUAAACCACAUCUGUAAAUAUGGUAUCUUUGAGUCAUAUGUGUGGAUUGUGUUGUAUCGACUAAGGCUUGCAACAAUGAAAAAAAGCCACUAAAAACCUAAAAAAAACAGCCAUGUUGUACUGUAUCUGCAUUCAUUACUAGGCUUGCUUGUGAAUGAAUGUGUUACUCUGUUACAUAAGCAAUACACAUUACAGUAUCUACAACAAAAAAAGUCAUCAAGCUUGGUAGAAGUUGCCGACCUUAGAUCUUCUACUAGCACGAAGAAACAUACUGCAAAUGGUCUCGUACUGCCUCUUCACAUCCUCCUCAGUUUGGGCCAUGAAGGUGAGAGAAUAUGCUGUGGAUGUUUUUAUCUGUACUUUGUGGUAAAAGAAUAAAAACGUUACUAACAA